CACUCUCAGGCCUGUCUCUUGCAGGGCGUGUGAAAUGAAAAAUUUCAGAGAGACCACCAGUGAGGAACCCACCAUUAACUCACUUGGAUCCAUAUACAGGCCGAGUCUGCUGCAUAUAGUGGGCUUUGAAAUUCAACACAAGUAUGGGUGGAGAAAAGCUGGUGGCUUGCAUGUUGGUCACUGUGUUAAGUCUGACACUAAUGAGGUCAGUUUAUGGUCAGCACAUGCCAGAAGAAGCGUGCUCGGUCCAGAUCCUCGUCCCUGGACUCAAAGGUGAACCAGGAGAGAAAGGAGAGAAAGGAGCACCUGGAAGACCUGGGAAAGUAGGGCCACCUGGAGAGCCAGGUCCCCUCGGAAACAAAGGCCAAAAAGGUAGCACUGGACAUUACGGGAAGAUGGGUCCCGCUGGACUCAAAGGUAUAAAAGGUGAUAUGGGAGAUCCAGGACCCAAGGGCCCAAAUGGAGAGCCAGGCGUCCCCUGUGAGUGCGCACCCUUACGAAAAAUGAUUGGUGAAAUGGAUAUUCAAGUGGCGCAAUUAACCAAUGAGCUGAAGUUCAUUAAAAAUGCCCUGCCCUCCCCCGCAGCUGUCGCCGGCAUCAAAGAGACAGACAGCAAGGUCUAUCUGCUGGUGAAGGAGGAAAAACGCUACAGGGACGCGGAGGUGUUUUGUCAGGGGCGAGGUGGACACCUGGCUAUGCCUAAAGACGCAGCGGCUAACAGAGCCAUCGCUGGCUACGUCACUGAAGCUGGCCUCAGUAGAGUGUAUAUCGGCAUUAAUGACCUGGAGCGAGAAGGCCACUUUGUGUAUGUGGAGCGCUCACCCAUGACUACUUUCAGCAAGUGGAGGGAGGGCGAGCCAAACAACGCUUACGAUGACGAGGAUUGCGUUGAGAUGGUGUCUUCAGGCGAGUGGAUUGAUGUGGCUUGCCAUCUCACUAUGUACUUCGUGUGUGAGUUUGACAAGGACAAAGUAUGAGCUUCACUGCCAAUCUAUAGGUGGAAAAGUCAUUUUAGACAUGUUUAAAAUACUCCGGCAUUAAAGAAGGAUGAAAUUUCUACAACAAAGUGACGUACUUCUACAUUUUGUCAUCUUUGGCAACGGUGACAACAGUGUGACAUGCUAGGGGUCAUGUAAAACUGUUUAAAACAACAUUUAAUAUUAUUAUUACUAUACACUGCAGUUCAAACAUUUACAUAUCACAGUCUUCUAGAGGUUAGAAAUUUUAUUUUUAAUGGUCAAACAUUUUAUUCUCCCCAGAAAAAUUAUUGAAAUGGCUGUUCUAGUUUACCAGUAGUACGUCAUUAUCCCAUUUAUUUAAUACAUUAUUAGCAGAAUGGAACAGAGUCAAGGUCACAUUAGGAUCAGUAGAUGGUAUAUAGUGUAUACCACCCAUCAUAUUAAGUCAUUUUAUAACCUUAGCAUGUUUUGAGGUUAUAAAUGUGUUAUGAAAUGCCCUAUGAAAUGCUUUUUGUCAUCCCAUCCCAUAGCAGUUGCCCCCAUAUUGCUAAUAUCAUACAUAUUACAGUUAUUUGGUUUCUUGAGAAUGUACUUUUUUUUGUUCCUACUAACUGUUCCUAUUAAUUCUGUGUAAUGGUAUUAAAUAUGGUAAAUUAUUUCUAAAGCAUGAUAGAUAUUCGAAUCAUUCAUUAUACUACAGUACAUGUACUUUAUGUGACCUUAGUAUUUUAAGUAAGCAAUCAAUAAAUAUUUGUAUAUCUUGA